GGUCAGGAAGCUCGUUCUGUUGCUGGUCCUUCCAUUAUCCUCUCCUACGCCGCUUCAGGAUUCUCAGCUCUUCUUUCAGCUUUCAUCUAUGCUGAAUUCGCAGUUGAAGUUCCCGUUGCCGGUGGUUCGUUUUGAUUCCUAAGAAUCGAACUCGGUGACUUCCUCGCUUUCAUUGCUGCCGGGAAUAUUCUCCUUGAAGCUAUUGUCGGUGCUGCUGGUCUUGGUCGUUCAUGGUCAUCCUACUUUGCUACAAUGAUAAGAAACGAUUUGGAUUAUUUUCGUAUCCGAAUCAAUUCUUUUAAAAUUGGUUUCAAUAUGCUUUAUCCAUUAGCCGUUAUGGUAUGAAAUGGGGUAAAUAUUUAGUGAGUAUUUGUUCUUUGAAAGGAAUGACAACAAGUUUGCUUGUUGGGUCAAUGGGACAAGCUAGGUACACUACUCAAAUUGCAAGGUCACAUAUGAUUCCACCCUUUUUUGCACUUGUUCAUCCCAAAACUGGAACACCUAUUAAUGCUACACUUUUGACAACUUUGUCAAGUUGUGUUGUUGCUCUUUUUACUAGUGUGGAUGUUCUGGCUAGUGUUUUUUCUGUAAGUACUCUUUUCAUUUUUAUGCUUAUGGCUAUUGCGUUGCUUGUGAGGAGAUAUUAUGCGAGGGAAGCAACGGAUAAGAGUGAUUUAUGGAAGGUUCUUUUGUGUUUGUUUGUUGUUGUUGGUUCGUCUGCUGUUGGGACUGGGCUAUGGAAUUCUGGGUUGUUUGGUUGGAUUGGGUAUACCGUGGCUGCUUGUGUUUGGUUUUCGGCAACUUUGGUGAUGAGUUUGCUUCCGAAGAAGAGGCAACCGAAGGUUUGGGGGGUUCCGUUGGUUCCGUGGGUGCCAUCAUUGUCAAUUGCGAAGAACCUUUUUCUUAUGGGAUCAUUGGGUUCUGAGGCUUUCUUUAGAUUCUUGAUUUGUACUGGUGUGAUGCUUGUGUAUUAUUUAUUUGUGGGUGUUCAUGCAACUUAUGAUGUGGAUCAUGGAAUUGGUCAAGAAUCAAACAAUGAUGAGAGAAUGGAAGGUGCCAAUGUUGUUGUGUUUGCAUAGUUUAGCCCUAUUUGUUGUGGAAUCAAGAAGAGUAAGUCUUUAUGGUAAUUGAAGAACAAAACUAUGGAGCGAUGGCCAAUUGUGAAUUACAUACAAGUCAUAACAAGCUCUUUAUUGGAAAAAAAAAAUGUGGUUAGUAUAGACCAUCUAGUAAUAUAUAUGUCAAAUGAAGACCCAAAUGAUUAGGUUCAUAUAUUUAUUGAUUAGUGUGCUGUGUUAAAUGGAAUAAGGAUUGUACAU